GUGGGGGCGGGGCCAGAGUAGUACUCAUUUGGCGGCUGCGGCAACACGACGUGCACGCGCCUGGUCGGUGUGAUGUAGCCCGGCAGCCGCUUCCCUUCCUUGCUGUCCGCACAGCACCGCACCAUGCCGGCGGGGAUGAAGCCGCUGGAGAAGUUCCUCAAGAAGCAGAGCCGCGCCGGAGCUCUGGACAAGGCCGGCGGGGGGAGCGCGGCGUCGCGGCGAAGGGCCAGCUUGUCCCGGGUGGUGCCGUUCUUCAGGGAGACGUCCCCGGACGGAGGGCAGGCCCGGGAGGUGUUCAGUCCUGACAGCGAAGACCUUCCCCCCUGGCCCUCCGCCGCCGCCCCCGUCAACGGCUCGGCCUGCGGAGACGUCCGUAGUCCGUCCUUGUCCAGCGACGAGCAGAGUUCAGAGGCCAGCCUGGUGGUGGACGGCGUCGGGGGCGGGGCCUCGCUUCCCGCCGACACGCCCGAAAACAUCACCCUCGCCCUGCUGGACACCGUCACCGGACUACGCCACGGACACUGCGCCGAGACGCUGUUGGAUGACUUCAUGUUGACCCAUCCCAUCUUCCUGACGGCAGACACCUUCCAGCAACUUCUACUGCAACAAUUUAGUGUGAACACAGGGGAGGGGCCAGGUGGGGAGCAGGAUGACAGAGGAGGGGCGGGGCCAGACGGGGAGGCGGGGCCUGCGCUGGAGGGCGUGCACAAGAAGCGGGCGGUGCUGAGCGUCGCCUUUCGAUACCUGGACAUGUACCGAGACUUCCUGCAGGAGGACGGCGACAAAUUCCCCAAGGAGUUGUACGUGUGUGCCCUUCAGGAGCUGAGCCGUCAUCCUGAGCUGGUGGACGACGUGGUCAAACUGCAACGCUGGACAGAAAUGUUCAACUGCCCCUGUGACGAGGAGAAGGAGAGCAGGAGGAAGCAGGUGCGACCGCUCUUCCGACACUUUCGACGCAUCGACGCCUGUCUGCAGCCCAGGGAGGCGUUCAGGGGCUCGGAUGAGAUCUUUUGCAGGGUUUACACUCGCGACCAUUCCUACGUCACCAUCCGCAGUCGCCUGUCCUGCCGAGUGGGAGACAUCCUGGCUCUGGUGCGAGAGAAGCUGCAGUACAGCGACGAGCAGCCGCUUCUUCCUGGAAACCUCGUCUUGGUGGCCGUCACCUCCGCCGGAGAGAAGGCGGUGUUUCGCCCCAGCGACGAGGCCGUCUUCACCACCCUGGGAGUCAACACGCACCUCUUCACCUGCCAGCCCUGCGAGCUGGACUCACUGCUCCCUCUUCCUGAGGAGAUCCACUGGACGCCAGGGGACAGCAAACUUCACGACAUGUCAGCAGAAGAAGUUGCCAACCAGCUGGUGGCCUUCGACUGGGAGCUCUUCAGCUGCGUGCACGAGGUGGAGUUUGUUUGUUACGUGUUUCAUGGAGAUCAGUCCCACUGGCGCCCCCUCAACCUGGAGCUGGUACUGCAGCGCUGCAGUGAAGUCCAGCACUGGGUGGCCACCGAGAUCCUGCAGUGUCAGUCCUUGCCCAAACGUGUCCAACUACUCCGCAAGUUCAUCAAGAUCGCAGCGCUGUGUAAACAGCAGCAGGACCUUCUCUCCUUCCUGGCUGUGCUGCUUGGACUAGACAACCCCGCCCUCAGCAGACUGCGACUCACCUGGGAGGCCCUUCCAGGAAAGUUCCGGAAACAGUUCCAACAGUUUGAAAGCAUCACUGAUCCUUCCAGAAACCACAAGUCCUACAGAGACCUGAUCACCAGUCUGAGUCCUCCAUUGAUCCCCUUCACUCCUCUGCUGCUAAAAGAUUUGACGUUUCUUCACGAGAGUUGUAAAACUUUUCACAGCCAGCUGGUCAACUUUGACAAGAUGCACAAAGUGGCCGACAUGGUGCGGAACAUCCGAAGAUACCGCAGUGGACAGCUGGCCAUGGAUACGGAGACAUCGCCAUCCCACCUGCAGACCAAAGCGUACGUGCGACAGCUGCAGGUCAUCGACAACCAGAACCUUCUCUUUGACUUGUCUUGCAAACUGGAGCCCAGAGACUCCUAGGGACUGGGAGAGACUCUUUAGGGACUGGGAGAGACUCCAGGACACGUCCCGCCUCCUCUUUGUCAAUCCACAGGUGGAACGCUUCUUCACUCUCAGCAAACUGGAGCCCAGAGACUUCUUAGGGACUGGGAGAGACUCUUUAGGGACUGGGAGAAACUCCUCGGGACUCAGAGAGACUCCCUAGAGACUGGGAGAGACUCCAGGACACGUCCCGCCUCCUCUUUGUCAAUCCACAGGUGGAACGCUUCUUCACUCUCAGCAAACUGGAGCCCAGAGACUUCUUAGGGACUGGGAGAGACUCUUUAGGGACUGGGAGAAACUCCUCGGGACUCAGAGAGACUCCCUAGAGACUGGGAGAGACUCCAGGACACGUCCCGCCUCCUCUUUGUCAAUCCACAGGUGGAACGCUUCUUCACUCUCAGCAAACUGGAGCCCAGAGACUUCUUAGGGACUGGGAGAGACUCUUUAGGGACUGGGAGAAACUCCUCGGGACUGGGAGAGACUCCCUAGGGACUGGGAGAGACUCCAGGACACGUCCCGCCUCCUCUUUGUCGAUCCACAGGUGGAACGCUUCUUCACUCUCAGCAAAUGAUUUGAAGCCCAGCGGCCAUUUUGCUGAGCAGGUGAGAUGAUGUAUUUUCCUGCCAAAGGUCACGUCAACGGGUUGACCUCUGACCUCAGGGACAUGUUUUUCUUUGGUUAUUUCCGUCUUUGGGAAGUGUACUGUGGGCGGGGCCUCUGCAAUAACAGAGGGCGACGCCCCUUCGCCGUCAACCAAGCACUUUGACCACGCUCAGGGCUCCCAGGUGUUGUUUACUUCCUGUUGUGUGAAGAUGACUUUUUGCUUCUUCUUCUUUUUCAUCAUUCCAGACAACAAACACUAAGGACUAGUUUUGGUUGCCAAACUGCGACACUCGAAGGUAACUGCUAGGAUAAUUGUGCUAGCUGUGAGCUGACAGGGUUAUUAGCUUCCUCUGCUAAUAAGUAAAAUAAUGCUAAUAAGAUGUAAUCUGACAGGGUUAUUAGCUUCCUCUGCUAAUAAGUAAAAUAAUGCUAAUAUGUAAGAUGAUGCUAAUAAGAUGUAGUCUGACAGGGUUAUUAGCUUCCUCUGCUAAUAAGUAAAAUAAUGCUAAUAAGUAAAAUAAUGCUAAUAAGAUGUAAUCUGACAGGGUUAUUAGCUUCCUCUGCUAAUAAGUAAAAUAAUGCUAAUACGUAAGAUAAUGCUAAUAAGAUGUGAUUAGCUUCCUCUGCUAAUACGUGACAGUGUGAACAUGUUGAAAGCAGAUUGACAUUGUUUAGUUUGCGGUCCCAGCGUGGGUUUGAAGUGUUAGCAAAGCACCAUGGGUAGUCUCAGGAAACUUGUGCUGGACAAAAAGAUCAACACUGAAAGCAAAUGGAAAGAUGUACAUAGUGCAAGUGUGUAAAUAGUUGAAGAAGAAAGGAGAAUCUAUUUUAGGGAUGUUUACGUUUCACCUCGAGAUGAGGUUUUUCUUCAUGUGUUUACAUUUUGUGCCAAAACUUUGUGACAUGCGCAGACCGCGACAGAGCCAUGCUAGCAUGACCUCAGUAUUUAGCAUUGGAACCAAGAGCGAGCUAGCAUGCUAGCCAAACAUUUCUGGAUUGAUUUGAUGUGUGAAUAUUUGAGUUGUAGUAACUUGGUUGUGUACACUUUAUCAUGACAAUAUUUAUGAGUUGUGUCCACUUUAUCAUGACAAGCAACAAUAUUUUUCAGACUUUAUUCUUUGUCAAGUUUCUGCACUUUAAGAUGAUAUUUCAUGUCAAAUAAUGCUGGUGAAAUAAAGCUUUGAUGGCA